AGGGGGUGGAGUAAAAUGAACUCCAACUAGUCAGUUGAAGUUGUUGCUGACAACAGAAACGCGAAAGUAACCCCCACACACAUUAUGAGUUCAAAACUUCCAUGAUCCAUCAUCAUCAUCUUCCAUUUCUCCAAUUUCACCAUCUACAAUUCAUCGAGACAUCUUCAAUUUCUGAAUUUCCAGAAAUCCAAUUCGAUUAAUCUCUCAGGUAAACCCUAGAAAAACCUAGAAUUCAAAUAUUCUGCAAACUGAACCGAAAUUAGACAGAGACGAAGCAAUGCAGAGUCGAGGAUCGAGUCAACGGCUCACAGGUUCGCCAACCAGGUCUCGAAUUUCUUCACUUAUGCUCGCUAUGUUCGCUACCAUGGCUUCCAUUUACGUCGCCGGCCGGUUGUGGCAAGAUGCGGAGAAUAGAGUUUUUAUGAUUAAGGAACUUGAUAAGAGGACUGAUCAGGGGCAUUCUGCUAUAUCUGUUGAUGACACAUUGAAAAUUAUAGCUUGCCGGGAACAGGAAAAGAAAUUAUCAGCUAUCGAGAUGGAGCUGGCUGCUGCUAAAAAGGAAGGAUUUGUUUCAAAAUUCUCCAUAGGGAAUGAUGUUAACGGUAAGAAGAAGAAGCUUUUAGCUGUUAUCGGAAUUUCUACACAGUUUGGUCGGAGGAGGAACAGAAAUGCAAUUCGAAAAGCUUGGAUGCCAACCGGAGCUGCAUUGAAAAAGCUGGAGAAUGAGAAGGGAAUUGUACCGAGAUUUGUGAUUGGAAAAAGUGCAAACCGUGGGGACAGUUUGGACAGAGAUAUUGAUGCUGAAAACAGGCAGACCAAUGAUUUCAUUAUUCUUGGUGAUCAUGUAGAGGCACCAGAGGAGAUUUCUAAAAAGAUAAAAUUGUUUUUCGCUUAUGCUGCUGAAACAUGGGAGGCUGAGUUUUAUGUCAAGGUCAACGAUGAUGUUUAUGUUAAAAUUGAUGGCCUCGCAGCUGUUCUUUCUGCAAAUUUGGAUAAGCCUCGAAUCUAUAUCGGGUGCAUGAAGUCAGGGGAAGUUUUCUCUGAGCCGGGUAACAAAUGGUAUGAACCAGAUUGGUGGAAAUUUGGUGAUGGGAAAUCGUACUUCCGACAUGCUUCUGGAGAGAUAUUUGCAAUAUCGCAGGAAUUGGCUCAAUUUGUAUCAAUAAACAGAUCUAUCCUACGAACCUUUGCCCACGACGAUAUUAGUGCUGGAUCCUGGUUUAUUGGACUUGAUGUGACGCACGUCGAUGAAGCAAAGCUUUGCUGUUCUUCUUGGUCAGCAGGUGCUGUGUGUGCCGCUGUUUGACUUUGCGUGGAAGACAUUAUGUAUCUACGCAAUAUAAAUUUUUAUGGAGACCAUUCUUUUGCCUCAGCGCACGGCCCUUGGUGUACAUUGAGAAUGAUCGGUUGCUGCAACUGUAAGUCGAUUCUGUCUAAUCUUAAGGACAUGUGAGACCUUCAGCAACGACCAGCUCAUAUGUUAUGAUUCUUAGAAUAGGUCAACUCAGUCCCAGUAAGAGCAUUGAUCACAGCUCGGUAUUCAGUCUGUCGAAGUUACACAUCUGAAGGAAAUUAGUCCAUUUCCCUUACUGUAUAUACACCAAAUUUUGACACAUGACAUAAAGAAAAUGUGAACAUACCACCCCCACCCCCCGAAACCCCCCAAAAUAAACAUCAGAUUAGAGUUUAUGUAAUUUUCCCAGAGUGCGGACUGAAAGUUCAAUCAAAAUUACGAGGCAUAUUUUUUACUCCAUUAGGUACUUAAUCGUUAUAUUGCUCUCAAAAUCUAGCCCUGUAAUACGAUACUUGAUCAUCAAGCUGCUCUUGAGUUCUAGCCCUGUGAUACUUCUUUUUUCUUGCUUGAAACUGUAAAUUCUGAUCAACCGAGAAGUUGUUUACCAGUUGAUCUGAAUUUACAGUCUAAAUGCAGAAGAAUAACAUUUGUCAGGUUUAAAAUUA